AUGAAAAAACUCUUUUCAAAAUGUCGGAGGACGGGUAGCAGCAGGACACCUUUGAUCGAGAGAGACAACUCUUCGCAACAGGGUGAGUCUGUUAUCUUUGUCAUUUUUUAAUCGUACUUUAAUUUUCCCUCAAACUAAUGUUGGUGUAUCGUAGAGAAUCCAAGAAAUUUAGAUGCAAAGUGUGGAAUUAAAACCCCUCGAAAUGGACGUUAAAAAAAAAGUAGACAUGUGGAGAAAAGAACUGUCUGUCAGAAUUUGAGUUUUAUUUACUUCUUUGAAAAGGGACUGUGUGCAUUAAUCAACCUAAACAAAUGUAAAUAUGUCCGAGUUAGUCAGAAGGCUAAGUCUCAUUUCCAAGAUGUUGUUAGGCAUUAAAAGUUUAAUCAAAAUCAUCAGUGUUGACAUUGUUGGUUCCCAAUAAACAACAACUUCACAUUAUGGUCAAAUGUAUAAUAGGAUAGAGGCUCUCUGAUUGAUUUCAACCAGAGAUGGGAAUUGUGGAGUCACCAAAUCACCCCCAUGCCACGUAUUUGUUCCGCUCUGUCACUGAACCAGCUGCUUCCGAUGAGCAGCCAGGAAGGUUAGCUUAUUAGUGAAGGCACCUGAGUUCAGUAACUGAGCAGAACAAAUACAUGGCAAGGAGAUGACUUGGUGACUCCACAAUUCCCAUCUCUGAUUUCGACACUCAUUUCAUGCUCUACAUGAAAAGACGACCUGACUAAAUGAGGUUUUCCUUAUUGGAUUUGUGCAGUCUAGUCCCAAAACACUGCUGUUUCUGAACAGGAAACUACAUAGGAAAGUACGUCUGUGUUGUGUGUUUUAAGAUAACGAAGCGGUAGGGUACAAUUCAAAGUGUUUAAGUGUUAUUCAAACCAGACCGGAUCAAACUGGAUUGAAUGUGACAUAAUACCAGUAUGUCUGGGAUUUCCAAAUACCUGAGUGGAUUUGAAGCAUGUAUUCAAAGAAGACAGAUCCACACGGGUGUCUGAGUCAUACAUAUCAACUUCCAAUGGGCUCUGAUUUCAUUCGACUCACUUUCAUGAAGAAACCAAACCUGCAAUUCCGUUUUGAUAAUACAAAACUAUUAUAGGCAUGAAAACACUCUAAAUGAAAUGUAGCCUCUGGAAUGACAGGAUGAAGUGAAACUUCCUUUAAGUACCUGGUUUGCGUAUCAAACUUGAUUCUGAAGGGACUAUGAUGCCAAGGUUAUUUGCAUGGGUUUUUUUAUGGAGGGGAUGAAUAGGCCAAGCUGAGGAGAAAUUCAGUGGACCUGAUAAAAUUACUUCUGUUCAAUUCUUGUUCAAUAAUGAGGUCCAGUGGAGGCAAAUAUGUAGAGAAGGAGAGUGGACCAAGAAUGGAACCCUGGGGGACACCACAGGGAACUUCGGUCAUGCUAAAAAAAAAAACUGGUUUUAGGGAUACGAUUGACAGUGCUCUAACCUAAACUCUUAAAUUCACUUUCUUUCAUAGGUUACGAUCUGGCACUUGAUGCGAACGACAAUCAUCCAAGCAUCUUGAACACCAAUGAGGAACAACCCUUGGAGGUUCCUGGACAGAUCUCUCAUCAGGUGCUGGCUGAAGUUCUUGGUGUUGUCCCUGAUACAAACACCACUCUGGAUGGAGUCUGGUCCGAUUCAGACCAGCAGAAAUCUCUCAUCCAAAAAUCGGUGGACCAGCACUUCCCAAAGCCGCCAGCAGAUCUUGACCGCGACCUUCCUCAGCACCUGGAAAAUGUGCAGAACACUGUGCACAGUGAGCUCGUGAGGCUGCAUCCUUCGUUGGAUGUCAUGGGUCUGGGAGAGUGUCUGAUUGAUUGUUACCAUCGUCACACAUUCAAUCACCUCGAUGAUCUACUGCAGGAGAUCUGCUCAUCCAAGAGUCUCUUGGUGCUGAUGAAGUGGGUCUCAUACACAUAUCCGAGGUAACUAAAUCCACAUUUUUACCUCUGUGUCUUACACUUUAUUUUCAUCCAGAUCUUUUGAGAGAUCACCACCUGGCAGAGGGAUAGCAUUUGCUCCUAGUACCAUUUUGGUCCAAAUUCUGAGAUAGUUAAAUCCUGUUUUGCGCAACACAAGAUGUACAGAGAAAGAGUUUGAUACUUGGACAUGGUUCUCUUGCUUGCAUGAUCAUUUCCUCAUCCAGAAAAUAAGCUACAAACAGCAAAGAGCUUUUUUUCUGUGCAGCUCCAUUUUUAAAAGCUAUUAGAGGGUUUAGAAGGGCAUAGACGAUUGCGUAGCUCACCCAGGGGAUACGCUGUUUGAGCCGAGCGUCAUCACAGCGACUCACCUUCUGAAGGCGCACAAUGCCACCACUUGCUACUGUGCAAGGGGUGGUUCCAGGAAGUGGAGAAAAUCCCAGAAAUACAAAGAGCAAUUUGGCUUCAAAUUCGUAUAAUGAUGAGAGGCGGAACCAAGUUGUCCAUAGUAUAUACAGUCUAUGGUCUUGAGCUAUAAUCAAACCUGACUAUUUUUGAGUCCACCAUGGCCAAAGCUGUUAAUAUUAAUAUAUUCAUGCAAGUCUAAACAGACAAGGACAUAAACAGACAAAGGCUUAUGAACAACUGCUGCAGCAUCUGAUGUUGAUGUUUGUUUUACUUUUCCAGUCAGAAUCUGCUCAGCCAUCCAGGCCGUGAAGAACCAGUGACCAAAGUCGACCCCUUGAUGUUCUCAGAGUGGUUCGUUAAAGCAAAGGACAAGCUGCUUGUGAAUGUGCAGGUGAGGAAACUUGUGCCUACAGUGUAAUGGCUGUAUACAUUAGGAGGGGCCUAAGCUGUUCGCCAUGUUAUCGCUUCAGAUGAGGAUGGCAAAAUCACAGAUUCAACUGUCAAUGCACAAGAGUAAAACAAUGGCCGCAAUGUCAACAGAGGGUAGACCAUCUAUGCAUAUUAUUAAUUUUGGGGUUUCUUUUGGUCUGCAGAAAGAGGUCAAAGAGCAACUGGAGAAAAUCCUACAAAAUGAGCAAAAUGAAGACGGCAUGUAUACGAAUGAAGCUUUUGUCCGACUUUAUGUGGACGUCAUUGAGGUAUGUAGGUUUAGUUUAUUCCUCAUGUUUAAAAUAAAAACACUUUUUAAUGAUUCUAUAUUUAUUUGUUUCCUUUGUUUCGUUUGUUGUUUUGUUUCGCCCCUAAAGUGUACUGAGGCCAUACCCAAAGAAACCCUAAAAAUCAGCUCUGAACUGUCUCAUCGUGUGCAGGAGGUUUGUUUCAGAGCACUGCUGGGGUUUCUGGACAGGUGAGAGUUUCUAUUUUUUACCACAGCAAUCGAAAACAAAAGAAAUGUCAAAAACAACCAAUUUCCAUCAUUUCUUAACAGUCAGCAUGCAUCCUCAAUCAAACAGGUGUUUGUCAAGUCCUGUUCGCAAGGCUUAAACCAGACGUAACCUUUUCUUCUUGGUUGUAGGUACAUGGCUGAGCAGACUGAGACUCUUGGCAAAGAGGUUAAAAAGGAGAAACCAAAAAUGUGGCUCUUCUUCAAAACUUUGAAUACCUGUGAAAAGCUCAGGUGAGUUUGAGCUCCUCUGUCUCUGCUGAACAUUAACUCUGCUCACUGAAGGCAAUAUUUCUAUUCAUGUUCAUCAAAAAUCAUGAUAGUGUGUGGCUGAUCUAUCAUUAGAGUGGAUUUUCUUUCUCAUGUUUCCUCUCAGAGGGUACGUCCAGAACAAAGGGUCAGCUAUCCAGAGAUCCCUUCUUGAGCACAUUGUGGUAAAGCUUGACAACAUAGAGACCCUUGCUUUAAAUCUCCUGCUGAAGAAGAGGACUGACAUUGCAGAGGUAACUGCUUUUCUAAACUACUCAAUCAAUGGGCUCUAUUUUCGUGCCUCGCCGGCGACGCGGCGCAUGCGUGGCGUAAGUGAGGUCCGCCGUGCCGAAAAGGCGUUCCCAAGCACAAUUUGGUAUUUUGGUGAGCGGUGCAGCCCGGCGUAAGUAUCCCCCCUCCCUAACUCAGCUCCUCCCAGCGGCGUAUAUAUAUAUAUAUAUAUAUAUAUAUAUAUAUAUAUAUAUAUAGUGUGUGUGUGUGUGUGUGUGAGAGAGAGAGAGAGAGAGAGAGAGAGAGAGAGAGAGAGAAACAUAAAAAAAGUACAAUUUAAAAAUCAUGAGCAAAAGCAUGAAUGCUAGAGGGAAAAAAGGGAAAGGACCCAAAAUGCAGACAAAAAAGGAUUUAUUUAAAAUUAACCAAAUGAAAAGCAACAAAAACUCUCACAUAGACUAAACAGACAAGCAUACACAUCGACAUACAAUGAACCGACAAAGAAACAGUGGAAGACAGGGACCUUAUACACACACACACACACACACACACACACACACAACAACAACUACAGAGGAAGGAAAAAACUGAUCUAAAGAAUAAAACACUGAGAACAGGAGGGAAACAGGGUCAGACACAAACUGAAAACUCACAAGACAGGAAAAGAGGGGAACAGGAACACUGGGGAAAAUACAAAGAAAAUAAACUCAAAUCACAAAACCAGAGAAAAACUGAAUCAACAGAAGAUAUCAUGACACCCUAGUUUUCACUUUUAAACUUUAAGACUUAUGGUUUUAAUUUUUUAAAUCUCAUUUUUUAUCUCACAGAAAAAUCUGAAGGAUUACUUCAAAACAGACAACAAGCGAUUCUUGAUGUCUGUGCUGACGGAUGAUUUCUCAAAGACACAGUGCAGCCAAGAGAUAGAAAAGGUAAGAGUUUCAUAUCAAAACUUGUUGUACUUGCUCUACACAGUUUCAGGCAGUGAAACCGUAAGGAUGCCUAGCUCAGGUUCACACCUAAAAGAAUGGAAGGUCCACAUAAAUGAUCAUUUUGAAAAGCUUUACAGGUUACAGAUCUGCAGAGGUGGGGGCUUGACGACUCGACUUGAGACUCGACUUGGACUUGAGUCCCGUUUUUGACUUGCUUGAUGAAAUCAAGAAAUGACUUGGACUUGCUUGGGACUUGAUUGCUAAAGACUUGAGACUUGACUUGACUUGAGCCCAGUGACUUGAAAAGUCAAGUCAAGUCUUUUCAAGUCACUUAAUACCUUACAGCGAGCAAGCCCAAACCGUUUAAAAAGUGUCGCAUCAACUAAUAGUCAGGAAUUACGGCCGUUGGUAACACUGUGUUGUGUUUCCAAGUCUGCGUAUUUCCCGCAAAAUAAUUUCGUUUUUUUUUUUUGCUUGUUUCUGCAGGUCUGUUUCCUUAUUUCUCUCACGAAACUUGGCAACACUGUCUCAAACCCUAGCCUCCCUCAUAACGACAACACUGGGAGGACUGAACAUAAAUCGCUCGCUAGUAUUGCCCGCCUGUUGCCUUGUGUCUCUCUUUUGUUUUGUUUUGGAACAGUGAAUUAGAGUAUUACUUUAAUGUUUAAUUGUAUUUGAGUCUUCCUUAUUUUUCUGCACAUUGUCUAAGUUUCCAAUUAUUGAAGUUUAUCUGAUUAUUUUUUGUAUGACAUGCAAAAUAGUUUGGUUAAAGCUGCACCAUGUAACUUGACACAAACAAGGACCCUUGUUUAAUAAUAAAUGCAAAUAGUAAAAAAUGCUCAUGACUUAUGUAAAUCUUUACAUAUAACAAAUGGUUUAUGGCUUUGAUAUGACUUGUUUUUGACUUGAAAGAAACGGUAAGGACUUGGUUGGGACUCGAAACAAAAAGUUCAGGACUUGGACUUGACUUGAGACUGAGAGCAAAGGACUUGGACUUGCCUUGGACUUGAGAGCAAAGCCUUGAGACUCAACUUGGACUUGCAACAUAAGGACUUUCCCCCACCUGUGCAGAUCUGGGUUACAGCUUCAUCAUGCCACAAGUGUAACAAAGACUGGUCUGAAACUGCUCAAGUAUAUGUAAUCAUCCAUGUUUCCAAACAUUCUGCUUGUAUCUUGUUGACCGGAAGGAGAGUCCAUGUAGGGUUAUUAACAAAGCACUUUUGGGAGCCUGAGGAAUGUUAAACAUGUGUACAAGGUCCUUGUUGAGGAUGGUUGUCGGAGGCCCAUGGCUCCAGAAAUCUUGCACCAGAGUAUCCAUGGUAUUUGAGUUAUGCAGCUCCACCACCCUAAAGGAUGACAUGACUGGCUCAAGAAAAUCACUAACAGAAACAAAGAGCAAAAAAUAGAGCUGCCCGUCUGUUAGUUCAGGAAUAUUUGUAACUAAACUGUGUCUCUCUCCGUCUUUGUUUCUUGCAGAAAGUAAUGGAUGAAGUCUAUGAGCUUGUUGUUCGCAUUUACCUCAAACAUCUUCUCAAGAGCAGCAAGAGCAGACUGCAGAGGUGCUGGAGUUCUGAUGUUGGACUAACAGUCCAUGAAGAUGCUGAACUACUUCACUCCGACUUCACAAAGCUGGUGAGAUCUUCAUAUCUUUCUUCAUGUGGUUGUGUCUAUAACUUUGCUGGUUCUGGUUUGUGUUUGUGUUGUUUGUGUUGUCAUUUGUCAGGCUCCUGGUGUCCAGCAGUGGAACUUUGUGCUGCUGAGAGUGUCAGAACUGCUGGAGUGCAAAGACAUCGAGGCGGUGAAGCUCACAGUUGCACUCAUGCAAAAAGAAAGUCCAUCCUGGAGGUAAAUGAGUUUUUUUUCUGAACUUCCCCAGUUAUAAACAAAUGACAAUAUCAACUUCUAAAAUGGAGAGAAACGUGAUAAUCAAAUGAUUUUGUUACAUGGCAACAGUGGAGGAGGCUUCUAGAGUGCUGGGUUUCUGAGUGCUUUAAAAGAGACAGUAUGAUGGGAGGUUUCAAAAAACAAUAAUCUGAGAUUUGUGGAGAAUUUUUUAAGCUCUAAAUGUGAAGUUGCAAACUGAGCUAUCAAAGCUUAGAGAUGAUGAAGUUAAGAGAGGAACUGUACCUCACUGAUCUUACCUGUUUGUGUUGUUCUUAACAGAAGCGAUGUGGAGCUUCUGCCUAAAUUGCUGCGAUGGGUGGGCCUCACUGGACGCAUAGUCAGGGAGGUGCUGGACGCCAUUCCUGGUCAAGAACCCAGAAGUGUGUCCUGGUUCUUCAGCCAAUUUUUCAUAACAGUAUCAAAAUAAAAAAAAGUUCACUGCCAACUAAUUAAACUGACAGAAGACACGCCACAGGCUCCUGCCACCGGAAAACCUGGUCUUCAAAAACGGAAUCACAGUCAACAAUCGGGAGGUCUGCAACACAAGUGACGGUUAUGAGGGCUGA